AUGCCGCUCAUUAAGACUCUUCACAAGACUCUUUCUACUCCUAAUUUAGGUUCUCUAUCCGACGAUGUCAGCCUACCAGACGACGCCCAAGACACCAUCUCGUCCGUUUCGUGGUCGCCUGUUGCCAACUACCUAGCAGCAGCAUCAUGGGAUAGCAAAAUACGUAUCUACGACGUCAACACCAACAGCAGAACCGCGAAAGGAACAGUUGUGUUCAACGCAGCGGGCCCCGUCCUCGGCUGCGACUGGGCCAAGGACGGGACGAUAGUCGCCGCUGGAGGAGCCGAUAAAUCGCUUCAUAUUCUGCAUCUACCAACAGGCCAGCAGGCUACUCUCAGCUCGCACGAAAAGCCCAUUCGCAGCGUGCGUUUCGUCGAAAUUCCGGAAUCGAAUGCCCACAUUGUGGCGUCCGGGUCAUGGGACAAGACAGUCAAGUUAUGGGAUCUUCGCCAACAGAGUCCGUUAGCUACCAUCACGUGCAAAGACCGUGUCUACUCGAUGGAUUCCAAGUCUCUUCUUUUGGUGGUCGCUACUGCAGAGUGCCAUAUCCAUCUUAUCGACCUCCGAAACCCGACUGUCAUUUCCCGAACUCUGGAAUCGCCGCUUCAGCAUCAGACCAAGGCCGUCGACGUAUGCCCAGACGGCAAGGGCUGGGCCACAGCGAGCAUCGAUGGACGGUGUGGUUUUAACCUCGUAAACGAAGAGAAAGAAAAAAGCAAACUUGGUAGCUUUUCAUUUCGCUGCCACCGUGAACCGCCUGAACCCAAGACGAAUGUCACCAAGGUAUGGGCCGUCAAUGACGUGCGAUUUCACCCAGUCCAACACACGGUCUUAGCCACGGCUGGCUCUGAUGGCGCGUUUCACUUCUGGAGCCGCACCGCACGCUCUCGGCUACAGUCAUACCCGUCGACCGGCAGUCCCAUUACAACGACAGCGUUUAAUCAUGACGGCAGCUUCUUCGCGUACGCGCUAGGGUAUGAUUGGAGUAAGGGGUAUGCUGCAAAUAGCCAGGAGAUACAGACGAGACUUAUGCUGCACCCUGUUACGGUUGAGGACGGUAUUCCGAAGGGAAAAUAGGAAGGGUUGGAGCUUUGUAUAUGCCUAGAAAUGACGGGCUAUAAUAUAAGUAGGGAGGAACUCUUGGAAUGAAUGAGUGAGGCAAAUCGAAUAUUAUGCUGAGAGCGUUUCGAUUUCGGAUUGGCAGUCUUGUACUAAUGGAGGAUUUUCUUUGUCAGGGCCUUGGUAAUAUGUUGAGGGCGACUAGCGAACAGGGGUUAAUAAGACCGGAAAAUACGAAUGUCAUGCCUUUGUGUGAAAGGGUGAUGCAUUAGAGGAUAGUUAUGGUGUACCCCUUUCUGAGUCAGUUAUCUCUUCCUUAUAGGUUUGGACGAGAUAACGCUCAAGUACCAACAAACGGCUGUGCGUCAAUAUGGUUAUUCCUACGGAUCUUUAAUGGUCAUAAUUACCUUCCAUAAUCCCGCUACAAUAUCUGCAUGAGAUGCCAAGUGAAGCGCGGUG